CAACUGCGAGGGGAAUCCCAACCCUUGGCUCUCCUCACUUGGCUACCACAGCCACUUCUUCCCUGCCUCCGCUUCGCUCGUGUCUUCUCCGUGGGAGGGAGGAGGGACUCGCGGCCGGCUGCAGCGGCGGAUUCUCCUAGAUCUCCGGAGGGAAGGCCGCAGAGGGGCCUCCCGGUGCCAGCGCCGGGGCUCGAACCCGGAUCGCCGGCUUGGAAGAUAACCGAAUCUGUAGCAAAUGGCUGACGGCGAAGACAUCCAGCCCCUUGUGUGUGACAAUGGAACCGGCAUGGUCAAGGCUGGUUUUGCUGGUGACGAUGCACCAAGAGCUGUUUUCCCAAGUAUUGUUGGGCGUCCCCGUCACACUGGUGUGAUGGUUGGCAUGGGGCAGAAGGAUGCGUAUGUUGGUGAUGAGGCCCAGUCCAAGAGGGGUAUCCUGACCUUGAAGUACCCGAUCGAGCAUGGUAUUGUUAGCAACUGGGAUGAUAUGGAGAAGAUCUGGCACCAUACCUUCUAUAAUGAACUCCGUGUUGCGCCCGAGGAACACCCUGUGCUGCUGACUGAAGCCCCACUCAACCCCAAGGCUAACAGGGAGAAGAUGACCCAAAUCAUGUUUGAGACCUUCAAUGUUCCUGCCAUGUAUGUUGCCAUCCAGGCUGUGCUUUCCCUGUACGCCAGUGGACGUACAACAGGUAUUGUGCUGGACUCUGGUGAUGGUGUCAGCCACACUGUGCCAAUCUAUGAAGGUUAUGCCCUUCCUCAUGCCAUCCUCCGUCUUGACCUUGCCGGGCGUGACCUGACUGACAGCCUGAUGAAGAUCCUCACUGAGCGAGGUUACUCCUUCACCACCACUGCUGAACGGGAAAUUGUAAGGGACAUUAAGGAAAAGCUCGCAUAUGUGGCUCUUGACUACGAGCAGGAGCUGGAGAACGCCAAGAGUAGCUCAUCUGUGGAGAAGAGCUAUGAGCUGCCUGAUGGGCAGGUGAUCACUAUUGGGGCAGAGAGAUUCAGAUGCCCCGAGGUCCUCUUCCAGCCUUCCUUCAUUGGUAUGGAAGCUCCUGGCAUCCAUGAGACCACCUACAACUCCAUCAUGAAGUGCGAUGUGGAUAUCAGGAAGGACUUGUAUGGUAACAUUGUGCUCAGUGGUGGCACGACCAUGUUCCCUGGUAUCGCGGACCGUAUGAGCAAGGAGAUCACUGCCCUUGCACCGAGCAGCAUGAAAAUUAAGGUGGUGGCACCGCCUGAGAGGAAAUACAGUGUCUGGAUAGGAGGGUCCAUCCUUGCCUCCCUUAGCACCUUCCAACAGAUGUGGAUCUCGAAGGCGGAGUACGAUGAGUCGGGGCCAGCAAUUGUUCACCGGAAGUGCUUCUAAGCUCAAGGGCCCUCUUUGUCUUCAUUCUCUGUAUCUGUUCCUUUCCUCAAUUCUGUUUCAUGUAAGCUACUGUGUUUGAGACUGCCAGCCUUUGAGCAGGCAGUGUUGUCGGAUUUAUUGUUUUGUGGCUCGCUACAAUGCAUGCAUUGCUCCAGCUCCUUUCCAUGCCAAGUUUGUGCUAGUGGUGAAAACAACAACAACAAAAAAAGGUUGGAAGUUAUCCAAGUACCUAGGAUCAUCUAUUUUGAUUGUACUUGUGCGAGCCACAUUAUUGGUUCUUUUUGUACAUCCAUCUCUGAGAUAUGCAAUUCAUUUGAUUGAUUGCUGUUUGUGCCAA